CUCCCCCCCAAAUCCUCCCCAACCUCACAUCCCCAACUCUCCGAACAAACGCGCCUUCAGUUUAAAAAUGGAACCCCUAACCACCGCCCCCGACACAACAACCUUCAUCCCCCUCGCCGAGCACCAAUCCCGCACCCCAAGCUCCUUCCACACGGGCCCAGCCAUCCUCUACCACCACCGCACAGGCUGCCACCUGGUUGUCCUCGAGCGCGACCUCCUCGCCAACCCGACCCUGCGCGCCUUGCAAGCCAGCAACCCGAAUGGCGCUGACACCACCACCACCACCACCAGCGAAGAGAUGGCGAAUGCGAAUGCGGAUGCGGAUACAUCAUCCCCCAAGGAACUAACGCUCUCCAACAUCUCCGUCUGGGUUACAUCCGACAAAUUCCUCCUCUACUCCCCCACCACAAACGCAGGGCUCUCAAUCCCCUACCCCUCCAUCUCGCUGCACGCCAUCCAACGCCUGCGUCUCCCCACCUCCGCAACCAGCCAGGCCGCAGAAGAGGAACAGCAAGGCCUCUACAUGCAGAUCGCCACCCCGUCCACGGCGGGAUUCUCGGCCGAGGACGACGAGGAGGAAUGCACGAUUUUGACGCUGGUGCCGCCUUCUUCACACGCCCCAGGACAGCAGCAACAAGCAGAGGAAAAGAGGGAAGACGGGCUUGGGGCGGAGACCGAAACGGAAACGCCGACGCAGGCGCUCUACGCUGCGGUUUCGGCGUGCUCGAAUUUGCAUCCCGAUCCGGUGGAGCCGGGGGAUGAGGAGGACGACGACGAGGAUGAGGGGGAAGAAGGACAAGGUCACGGAGAUAGUGCGUUGUUGCAGUCGGGGUUGAUUGCGAUGGGGAAUGGAGCGGGUGGGUUGCCGCCGCCGAUGGAUGGGAGUUCCGGGUGGAUCACGGCGGAGAAUAUGCACGAGUUUUUCGAUGAGGAUGGGAAUUGGAUCGGCGGCGGGCAGGAGCCUACGUUGUCUCUGGGCCCCGGGGCGGGGACGGUGAGGCAGAGGGAGGAGGACGGUGCGGAAGCGCAGCAGGAUGGUGAUAUCAAUGGGGAGGCGGAGAGUGAGGAGACCAAGUGGAGAAGAACGGAUUAGUUGCACGAUGCUCCAGAGUUCUAUA